AUGCUGGCUACACAUGAGAUGCUGAAGAAGCUGAUCCAGGAGGAGGGCAGAGAGGACAUCAGCGGCUCUUUGGCCUUCCACACCUCCGGCGUGCCCUGCCUCUCCUGUGUCGGCAUCGCAGCGCAGUUCAAGCGCUGCUAUCCGAGAGUCAACUUCUGCUUCACGUUCCAGAACCGCCCGCUGUCGGAAACAGACGACGGCAUGGCGGAUUCAGUCGGCAUGGGGGCACCGAAUCCGCAGAACAUGGCGCCGAAGACUCCACGCCUUGCGACCCGGAACGUGGCCCCAGCCGGUGGGGGCUCGGCGACGGGUGGUCGGGGUAUCAAUGGUGGCAACGGCACUUCGGAGAGCCGGGAUUUGGCUGGGGGCGCUCCGAUGGCUGGGAUGGGCGGAGGCGGAGGCUGUGGCAGCUGGGCCGACUACCGGCCUCUCUCCACGCGAUCAUGA